AUGCCGCGACGCCUGGCCCAUAUCUCUGCGAUAGCUCAAUCUCAAUCUCAAUCUCAAUAUACCUCGGACGCCCACGGCCCGGCCUUCCCUCCAGCACCGCAUCCUUCACUGCAGCACUGCAACACUGCAACACUGCAACACCGUCUGCACCCCAGCCAUACGUCACCUCGUCCCGUCUCACAGCGUCCAGACUGCCGCCGUCGCCGCCGCACUCACCGCACCCCCAACGCUGCUGCACGGCAUCCGUCGCCAUCAGCAUCAUCGCUCCGUUUCGUACUCGGCUGCCGCGCCCCACCGAACUCGCCCAGCUACGAGUCCGUCCGACUAGAGGUUGCUAAAGUUACUUUGCUGCAACCGCGUCAAACAGCCCGCAGCCUGAAGCCUGAUUCGCCGCCCGUUGCUCGCGCUUGGCAUCCCGCUAGCGCCAUUCGAGACGCAUCCUCUCUGACCGCCUUCCGCGCUCCCAUCCUCGCCCGUCGCCCUUUCCUCGCUUCACCUGCUCGUUGGCCUCGUGCGAGAGCCGCUGCACCGUGGUCGCAACUCUAUCUGCUUUAUUUUACCCACCCGUCGCACAAGGCCCUCACCUCUGCCUUGCCCCUCCACGCCAUUGCGCUGCCAAACCUCGCCAGCGCCGCAUCCCGCAUCCCGCAUCCUCUACCGAGCGUCUCUCACCCACGCUCGUGUCGAGUGAAAGAGACAAACCUGUGCCACUGGACCCCCGACUCCAGCACCAGCACCACCCUCACCCUCACCCUCACCCUCGACAAGUUUGCUGCCCAUUGA